CUCACUCACUCCCGCAACCCUCACUUCUGCCUCACCCCAAACAGACUCGUCACCGCCGCUCCCGCCGCCGCUGCCGCCGACUUGUUCGCUCCCUGGCUGCCGCCUUUAGCUGCGAGGCUCGCCGUUGUCGAGCAGCCCUCGUCCGCCCGUUGCCUCCCUCGACACCCGCGCCGCUCCACACCCCGCCCAUCAGCCGCGACCCUCGCCAGGACACCGCCGUGACACUGCCGCCACCUGCGGCGCGCGCGCCUCGCAAACCAUGGUGGUGAAGGAGUUCCUUGACUCGGAUAGAGUCAACUUUCUCAUCUGGAGGUAUCUGCUGGAAGGAAAUUAUCGCGAGACGGCCGCCAAGUUCCAGAAGGAGUGGCACGUCAAGGAGCCGCACCGGGACUUCGACUUUGCCCGCCACGUCAAAGGCCACGCCCUUGUUUCCGUCGUCAACCGCGGCCUUCUCUACUAUGCGUUGGAGCGCGAUUGUAUCAUCAAUCAGCUGCCCCAGGAAUCAACUGUCGGGGCCGAGUCGUCGCAGGUGGGCAUUUUCGGACCUCUCACGGCGCCGCAGCUUCCUCCGACUAAGCGGGAGGAGGCCGACGACGCUGCAGUACCGGCCGGCGAGGAUCCCGAUGCGCUGAGAAAACGGCUGUCCGAGCAGCAGGUGCCGAAUGGGUCGCCGGCAAAGCGCCCGCGACUCAGCAAUGGCUAUGACAACGGGCCCGACGCAGCGCCCCUCGCAACCGCCACAACCACCACCACAGCCACGACGCCCAUGGACGUUGACCACCCGCCCCAUGCCCUCGACGACCAGCAGAACCAGGACAACGCCACCAACCACGCCUACCCGUCACCGCUUGAGGGCGAGCAGCUGCCACCUCCUGUCCCGCAGACCGAGGGCCCCGAGCAGGGCACCCAGGUGGACAAGGUCGAGGAGCUGUCUCCUCUUACCAGCUUCAUCCGCCUCACCGACGACGACCAGGAGGCUGCAGCCGACACGACACCGUCGCCCUCGCCCGCGGGCUCGGAGAAUGCGCCUGUGCUGCUUCAGUGCGAGUGGAACCCCAAAGACCCAUCCGUUUUGGCUGCUGCUGGCACCGACGCGCUAGCCCGUGUUUGGACGGUUUCGCGUGCCACUGCUCUAGAGCCUGGUCACGAUCACGUGUCACCCCAAGCCCAUUCGCUCAUCGACGAGAACGCACCCAAAGCGACGACGGUGACGGCGCUCUCAUGGACGUCGGACGGCUCGGCCAUCGCUGUCGCGACGGAUACAGGGUCUCAAUGUUCUGUGAAUAUCUGGUCCCCCGACGGCAUCCUCGGGCAGACGCUCGAAGUCACCGACGGACCCGUAAUCAAGCUCACAUGGAACCCGGCCAACACGGCCUUGCUGGCCAUCUACCCAGCAAAGGGCGGCGGCGCGGUCGUCAGCGUCUUUUUAAUACCUGCGGAAAUCACAGUCACGUAUCAGCUUCCAGGUCACGACAUCGCAGCUACGCCACUCGACGGCGCCUGGACAAGCGACUCGGACUUCCUCCUCUGCGGCGGAGACCUGCUCCUCUGCCUCCGGUGCGUGGACAUGAAAAUUGUCCAAGUGCGCAAGUUCGAGACCAAGGACGACGACAGUUUUACACAAGUGCUCUUUGACUGGCGUUCGAAGCUCGCCGCGACGGCAAGCGACAAGGGCUCUCUCGAUGUAGGACAGGCUUGAUUCCACGAUGAUGAGUCUUGAGUGUCAAUGCUGAUUAAUGUGGACAGCUGUGGGACGAACACGGGCAGCGUCGGUCAAUACAGGCCCAUCAAGGCGCAAUCACGACCAUGGCAUGGCAGCCUCUGCCGCCUUCGCAACCCGAGGCCGAGGACGAGCGGCUCAUCGCGACGGGUGGCGACGACUGCGCCAUCCUGAUAUGGAAUGCGCGGAAGCCCGACGCCAAGUCGAAAUGUUUCUUGACCAUGGACUCGCCCAUUGUUCGACUUGCCUUUACGCCCGAUGGCGCCUUCAUUGCCGGGGCAACAUCGCGGCAGGUGCUGAUCUGGAAGGUGGACAACUUUGCCAUGCCACGAGCGAGCUGGAAGCGGCCGCCACAUCCCGGUUGGCUCAGCCCCAAGGGCUCGUCCGACACGGACGAAGAAGAUGAGCAUUGCUUGUGUUGGGAUAUGAGCGGACAGAAAUUGGCUUAUGGGUCUAAUAGUAGACUUGCCGUCAUCAAUUUCAGCCGGUAGCCAGACGAUGCUUGGCUUGUUCGAAGUUCCGAGGCUCCGCGCAUUCGCAGGCGAUACACCACCACUGCGUGCCAAGAUUCUGGGGCAUGCCUUGGACGUGAUGGCCGAGCACAGUGCUGUACGAUGAUGUGCACCUCACCGCUGCCCGAGGCUGCAGGCGAGCCUUUGUUGGCGUGGAGCACGAGAGGACGGCCGCGAGGGCCAAACAAUGUCUAUUGUGCUCCUCCGACGAUGGUCAUGGUCGUUGGGACCUGGUGCGAUAAGGCACGCUGCCGAUGCGUUGUUUCUUUUGUAUACCGAGUGUAAGGCACGGAUUAGCGGCGGACUUGGGCUAGGAUCGUGACCUCGGGCCAGGUGACGAAGUGACGAGACUAGAGGACGUUUUGGAGUUCAGCCGCAUGCAUUGCUUAUGCUUCGAGAUGGCGCGGCACCGUUGGCAGGGCAAAGCCAUGCCCGGGGGUAGGAAUGGGGUUUCUGUUUGGGCCGUGCAACUAACUGUCUGGGACUUUGAGCGUGGGCACAGGAAAACGAAACAUACGUGUCAGAUAGUGUACUACAAGUAUAUACCAGGACGGCGUAUAAUGAGAUGAAUCAUUCGAC